AUGAGUAGUUUAAUCUCAAGUAGUGAUUUAGUUUCUAUGUUUUUAUCUAUUGAAUUACAAAGUUUUGCUGUGUAUCUUUUAGCUACUAUUUAUAGAGAGUCUGAAUCUGCUACAGCAGCAAGAUUAAAAUAUUUCUUAUUAGGAAGUUUAUCUUCAGCUUUAAUUUUAUUAGGAAGUAGUUUAUUAUAUGGUUUCACAGGGCUAACAAGUUUUGAGGGACUAUAUAUGUUAUGUUCUACAACAACAGCAAACACUGCUAUUGAAAUUAGUGUGCUAUUGAUUGUUGUAGGUUUACUAUUCAAAGUAUCUGCGGCUCCAUUCCAUAACUGGGCCCCAGAUGUAUAUGAUGGUGUACCAACUGUAGUAACAACUUGGUUAACAACAAUGCCAAAAAUUUCUUUCUUAGUGUUUAUUUUAGAAUUCCAAGGAUUUACACAAUUAGCUAAUUGGUCUUCAUGGACUUAUUUAUUAUUAAUUAGCUCAUUAUUAUCAUUAUUAGUUGGUACAAUCGGAGGAUUAGCUCAAUAUAGAAUUAAACGAUUAUUAACAUAUAGUACAAUUUCUCAUGUAGGGUUUUUACUUUUAGCCUUAGCUAUUAAUAAUGAAGAAUCUGUAGAAUCAUUUUUAUUUUACCUGAUCCAAUAUACAUUAACUAACAUUAAUGUAUUCUUUAUUUUAGUUGCAUUUGGUUAUUUAUUACAAACUAAAGGAUUAUCAAUUUAUUCACCAAUUCAAUAUAUUAACCAAUUAAAAGGUCAAUUUAAAGUAAAUCCUUUACUUGGAUUAAGUUUUGCGAUUUGUUUAUUCUCUAUGGCGGGAAUCCCUCCAUUAGUAGGAUUCUUUGGUAAACAGAUGGUUUUAUAUGCAGCAACACAUAAUGGAAAUUUCUUCUUAGCCUUUGUAGCAAUUUUAGUAAGUGUUGUUAGUGCGGCAUAUUAUCUAAGAGUUAUUAAAGUAAUUCAUUUUGAUCCCGCGCCAGCGCCUGCGGCGCCUACACUGGCUCAGCCCGCGGAGCGGGCCUCACCUUUAAAUGUUACAGAAACUGUUGAAACAAAUAAAGGUUCAGGUGUAGUUCCGUCAGGAGAAUUAACAACUUCAAGUAGUUUAGUAAUUGCUACAAUUACUCUUCUAUUAAUUUUCUUUAUUAUUAACCCAACACCAUUAUUAAACAGUGUUCACCUAAUCACUUUAAAUCUAUUUUAUUGGUAA